AUGCCGGACCCACGCGUCACCGUGACGCUUCUUCCCCUUUUCAAAGACACUCACCCUCUGCGUACCCUCACCAUCACCGACAAUGACAUAACCGUGGCUAUCGGACGUGCCUCAAAACGGGAAACUCGAAAACGGAGUCCUGCAACAGAGAACGCUUGGUUUGAGUCUCGGGUCAUGUCACGCGACCAUGCUUUUCUUAACAUACCGCCAGACCAAGAUAUGGUUUUCAUCGCCGAUUGUGGCUCAACACAUGGAACCUUUGUGAAUGAUGCCAAACUAGUAACAGAUGUGGAUACCCCGCUGCAUAGUGGAGAUGUCAUUCGAUUUGGUGUUGAUGUCGACCGUGGUCAGGAGACUUUUGAGGCCAUCGAAGUCCGCUGCGAGGUUGAGUGGGUCAAACCCCAGGGUGUAGUCAUUCCAGAUGAUGGUGUCGCUAUCAAACCGGAUCUAAGCCCGUCAACCAACAGUUUCUCUGUUCCCGAAGACGAUAGCGAUAUCGAGCCUGACUUCCCUAGCGAUGACUCUUCUAAAGAGUCCGUUGCCCAAUCCUGCGAAACUGCUGUUCUGCAGUCUGCGGAUACAUCUCUAAUCUCUCCUGCCUCGAGUGUUCAGGGCGAUGAACAUCCAAAGGACGAGCCCAAGCCCCAUUCUGAAUGCUUGGCUCAAAUUGACGAAUCGAUCACAAAAGUUGUGCCCGGUCCUACACCACUGGUCCCGGAUAUUGUUAGUCCUCUGUCCGAUACCAAUCCACUCCCUGACACUAAACUGUCUCCGGCCGAACCGGCCUCUGCCGAAAUUCCAUCUGCUCAACAAGAAUAUGACCCAAAUAGCCUCCCUGCAGUCUGCUACCAGAAGGUCCCAGAGAUACAUUACAGCAAUUGGACCAUGAUGCGGCCUAUGUUUAUGCGCCUGGCAGACAUGGCUUGGGGUGAAUCCAACAUAAUCCCCGACGUUGACCACGACAGGCACAUCAUCCACGCUGCACGCCGUUGUUCUCUUUCCAAAGACGCAUACUGGGUAGACGACUCCCCUAGCUUCCAGCCUUGCGUUGGGACAGAAGUUUAUUGGGAGCCGGACUUCGAGGAAUCAGAUACAUCGUUCCAUCGUAUGCCUGGCAGCCUUCUUAGAUACUGGUCAGUCGAUAAGCGAAGAUACUGGAUCAUCUACGAAGAGGAAAAUGGCCAACAUGCGAGCAAUUGGUGGUGGAUCGUUGAAAAGCCACUGGAGCUUCUCAGCGAGGAACUGAAGCACCAGCUCGAGACUGAAACCGAGGUUGACGACUGUCACAAAUGUUGGAUCGUGAGAGCCUGGGUGCCCCAAAUGAUCGGAAAUCGGUGGUGCGAUGUGGCUCCUUACUGGGAUCCGAAUUUCGACAAAAAUUGGCUAGCCGAUGACGAGUCCGUUGAUUCAGACGAAGAUGCCCAGGGCAGCGAGGAUUACAUGUCUGAGUCAGAUGGUCUCAGCGAGUCGAACUCAGAACGCUAUGAUGAAUACCCGUAUCUGAUGUUUGAGAGCGAAUCGGUUCACGGAGCUGAUAGUGAACUGUCGGCGGAAGACUUUGACGAGGACAACUAUGAGGAAGAUGAUGAUGAGGGACUGGAGGAAGAUCAUGAGGUCUCUGACGAAUCCGAAAAUGACUCUGAUUGUUCCUCUGAGGGUGAACGUCUUGAACAUCUUAUUUCGCAGAAGCCUCAUAUCAUUCCUUCACUUAACUCGGAGUAUGUGAAGAAGCUUGAAAAGAAGCUUGAACGCACCAACCACACUGAUGCCGUCGAGGUGUCCAAGCAUGUUCCCGAGAAAGCUGGCCCAGAGCGACUGGCCCAGGAGGUUCCUGUGGGCCAGCUGCUGAACGUCAUACGAAAGGAGAGCAAACCAUUAACGACACAGACUGCCCCUAGUAUGACAAAUCCAGGUGCUCGCUUCCCGACACACGCUGUUUCUAGCGAGCUGCCAAGCUCAUGCCAGAACAAAUACCCACCAAUGCAACGGAAGAUUGAGAGCACUGUUGGGGUACCUUCCUUCUCCCAUGAAUUCGAGAAUCAUUAUUACGAUGGACCAUUCUCGACCAAUGCACAGGAAGAUGCCUCUGUGCCCUACCUGGCGACAUCUAGAAAAUCAACUUUGAAGCGUACUGCAACAGAGAUGCAAUCGUCGUCUCUUGAGCCUAGUCUUUCUCAAGAUGCUCAGAGGCUGCCUGUAGAGCCAGCCAGUCAGCCAGAUCUCAACUUCGACACAGUUUCCUCCGAAGCUAAGGAUGCUAUCAGCUCUGCACUUGCCGAGAAUGUCUCCGCAUUUGCUGAUAAUGAGCGUCCUGCAAAGCGAAUCAAGUCUAACCACUCUACCUCAAAGUCCUUUGCGAGCCACGCCACCACGGCUGUCGUAAGUGCUCUGCUGGGUGGACUGGGCACCAUCGCCAUGCUAGCAGCCUUGCCCAAUGACUACUUCCAGUGA